AAUUUGGGAUACAACAAUGACGGCCCUGAUCACCGUGUUUGUUUAUAUAUGAAAACAUGUCUGGGUAAAAUGGCAUCUCUAUGUGUGACUGACAUAUCCUAUGCCUUUUAUGCCAGAGGAACGUGGGUGCUUUUGCUGUGAACCAUCUGUUCCGUCAGCUUCUUAUGCUAAUCAAUUUCAAAAUGUUGGCAAUGGUUCAAAGCUGAUGUAUGGUUCAAAAGAUUUUCAGCCUACUUCAACAGGCAGGCAUCAAGAAUGUAAAUUGUCACCUCUGAUACAGAACAUACAAAUCUGUGAUCCUUUUUAUAAUCAAGAUCAAAGCUUAUUUGAGGGCUUCAAUUCUAAUAAUAUUGGUUAUAAACUAGAUUCUAGUUCUUUACCAAACGAAGACGUAAAAAUGUUCAUCCCAUCUACUAGCAAAAGUGAUGAAAAAAACUGUAAUGAAAAUAGUUCUGUCAACUUGCGUUUUCUUCAGAAUCGAGAAAUAGGUGGGAAGUUGAGUGGGUCAGCAAGUUUCAAGUCACUGCUAUCUUCUUCUGCUCCUGUAUCAACUAUGGGGUUCAAUGUUGACUUCUCCCAGUGUAUGGAGGACUCGGUCAUUACUGCAAGUAGUAAUUCUAAUUCUAUGGAUUUGGAUAGUGCUUUGGAUGAGCUGGGAAUGCUGAGCACAACAACUAACAGUAGAAAGCAAUUUUUACUUGAAACUAGAGGCUUAACAUCCUUGCGAAAACGUGAACAGCGACUUCGAUCAAAGAGUGAGAGUUCUCCGAAUCUUACUAACUUGGGAAAACCCAAUGGCUUUCGCAUUAUUCAACUUGAUUCAAACUACGUCACUAGCGUUUCUGAUGUGACUUCAGUGGUAGACCAGGGAACAAGCAUGGGUAUGGAUUACAUACCACACAAAUCACAACAAAUGAGGCUUGAAUAUAGAAAUCCAGAUGUUUUGGAGGAGUCCAUUAGGCGACGCAGAUCUAUUCCUCGCAUGUCUCGGCUGAGAAAAGAUCGUUAUCGGCGGUCUCGUUGCCCUUACAAAAUCCCAAAUAGACUCUACCAUUCAAUGCAAGAAUCAGAUUUUGGAUCUGAAUUUUUUGAAACUGGUGCCAGUCCUUUUCUGUCAUCCAAUUUGGUUUCCAGCUCAAGCUCCGAGACUUUUUGCCACAGAGUCACAGAAUCACAGGGUUUAACUCAAUCAAAGUCCAAUACAGCAUCUCCAGUCAAGCCAAGUCAGGAGCUGAGGUUGGUCAGGUCCCUUUCAGCUGAAGAUCUCACUCAGAUUCAUAGGCGCUUUGAGCAGGAACUAAAUGAGCAAGUAAGGGAAAAAUCUAGAACAGAACAGAGCUUAGACUUAAUGACAUGCCAGAUGACCAACCUCCACAUGACUUAGACAUCAUAUAAUUUGAACUGGCCACGCUCUACACAUUUUAAUAAGGUUAGAAUGCACCACUCCACAUUAACUUAAAACUGUGACUUAUUUUAAUCUUUUAAUUAGGUUUUAAAAAGAAACAUUUAUUCAAGUCAUUGUUGUAGGCUAAAUGUAUUGACAUAGAAUGAAAUGAAAUAUUUUUAUUAGGAUGUACUUGUCCUUAAUAAAGGAUAAUACAUUAGAGAGAGGGGGGACAUAUAUAUUAAAUACACAUAUAUAUAGAAACAACAUCAGAUAGAUAGAUAUAUAGAGAGAUUCUAAUCCUUAAGAAACACCUCUUUCUUCUUCCUGUAUUUUGUUUACUUAUGGUACUUAUAAAUGAACUUAAUACAUUUUUUUUAUAAUCAUAUUGAUUUAAACAAUUUGUAUAAACCUUUAAUAUAAGUACUUAUGUAUAAUUUCAAACUGUAAAAUUUAUCAGACAAGCUUAGUUAGUUAUACUGUAGCUGCUUUUGAAUACUGCAAGUUGAUAUUAGUAUUAAGUGGCCAGAAGGAAUGAGCUCACUUUAGAGGGAAUAGAGCAAAGCAAAAAAAAAAAAUUAAGUAAUUGCGCAAGUAUCUAGAAAGGUGUGUAUAUCAGUGACAAACUUAUAUAGAAUGAUGUUUGUUCUUGGUAGGGCAAAAAGUUAGUCUGUUGUACCUUAAAUUUUCACAUUUGAAAAAAAUCAAGCAUCGUCCUUGCAUUAGAUGUUAACAUACUUGAAAACUUUGACGAAGUAUAUUUUAAUAAAAUAUUUGUAUUGUUUCAAAGGUUUUUAUAGCAGUAAAUACAAAUUAAAAAAAAACAAUAUAUUUACAAGCAAUCAAAAUAUUUAAGUUUUGAAAUUAUUUUGUUUUCUUUUACAAUGAUCUAUUCUAUUGUAUAUGGAUUAUCUCCUUAAAAAUAGACUUACUUUGCCAUAAAACAAACAUCAAUCAUAUUAUAAAAUAUAUAUUUACUAAGUCAUAGGGUGAUUUAUUGUUUUAUUUAAUCACCUAUCACAUUAACACUUAUAAAGUGUCUCUAUACAAAUCAUAUUAAAAAAAAAAUUGAAAUGAUUCAGUUUUGAUAUAUUAGUGUGUUAAAAGAAAUACACCGAAUUAAUUUUGUUUUUAUUGUUUAGUUGAUCCUUUCAUGUUGCUGAUGUUGUAUAUAUAUUUUUUUUAAGUUAUUCUUUUUCUUUUUCAAAUUGGUUUUGAUAUAUAUAUUUGUAUUUAUUGUCCUCUUUAAUCAAAUGUUUUUGUUGAUAGCUGUCAUAUAUUGUGUUUUUAUUGUUACUACCUAUAGUGGAAAAGGAAAUGUCUUCAUUAUUGUUAAUACCUACAGUGGAACAGGAUAUAAUGUCUUCAUUUAUUGUUACUACCUACAGUGGAACAGGUAAUGUCUAGAAUUGUUAAUUGUUUCUACCUACUAUGAAGCAGGAUGGAAUUUUUAAUUUUGGGUACAUAGUUUUCUUCUUUUUGAGAAAACAUAGUCAAUGGGUAUUUUAGCUGGAAUGGAUCUCAUUCACCAAUCGUAAACAAACAACAUUUAGCCACGUGGUGCUCUAUCUCUUCUAUAUAAUUUACGAUCUCAUGUUUAAUUCAUGAUGGUUGUCACGUGACAGUUUUUUUCCGUUGUUUUAUCAAUAAGAUCACGUGACUAAAUAUUGUUUGUUUACGAUUGGUGAAUGAGGUCCAUUUGGGGAAAAUAUUAUGUUCUUCCCUUUGAAGGGCUCUACAAAACAUACUUAGGAUUACACUGGUCUGAUAGAAAGAAUUAACUUGCAUUUAAAUUGAUUGAAUUAGAAAUGUGUUUUCCUUAUUCUGUGCUAUAUUUAGGAAUAGAAUUUAGAACAAAAAGAGAUUUUUGCUUUUUUGCCAUUCUUGGUCAGAAACAAAAAAUGUAAUGGCCUUCUGUUGGUGUAUCAGCUCAAAUUGUAGUCACUUUGUUUUUUUUUUAAUGGUGCUAUAAAAAGCAAGGGUGUCAUUGAAGAAGUAAUUUAAGAUGUUAUUUGUUAAUUAGGAAGCUGUGAGAACAUUUUUGUUUGUUUGUUAUUGAAUUAAUUGAUUUUUUGUUUCAUUUAAAUUCUAAUGUGAUCUUUAAUUGUUAAUAUUUGUUUGAAAACAGAAUACAUAUUCAUUUUGGUGUUU